AUUGAUACGGAUCGAAUCAUGUUGAUUUAAGAUUGUUUUGUUUCAAUGUUUUUCAUCGAUAAAACAUUCAUUUUCAUUACGAUAUUAGCAUUAUUAUCCAAAUCUUUUGCACAAGAUGAUUUUGGAACUGGUGAUUACACUGAUACUAAUGGAAGCGGUGAUGAUUAUGAUAAUAAUGGUGGUAAUGGCAACGAUGGCGGCGGCGACGGCGAUGAUUACGAUGUAGAUGAUGGUGGAUUUGAACAGGAUCCAAUAACAACAACAACAACAACGACGACUACAAUAAGACCUCCAAUAACCGAUCUACCAUUUCCACAACCACGUCCGCGACCUCGGCCGCAGCCUCGCCCUCAACCUCGUCCUCAACCACGUCCACGGCCUCGACCGCAACCAAGUCCGCGGCCAAGUCCACGACCUGCAGGAACACGUCGUCCUUUUAUUCCGGUUACAAUAAGUACAACAAAUUUACCAUCAUCAUCAUCAUCUUCAAUAUCACCAACACCAGAUACAAAUAAUAAUGGUUAUGGAUAUGGUUCAGGUUCAAGUUAUGGUCAUAAUGGAUAUGGUUCGGGUUAUAAUCCCAAUGGUUAUAAUUCCAAUCCAAUGAAUAAUGUUGUUGGUGUAAGACCAUGGUCGGAUGGAACUUAUCGUGAAGAAGAUACUACAUUGAAUAGAUUUAUAAAUUUUUUUCCAACAUUGAUCGAUGAUUUUAAUCGUAUUGGACAACAAGAUUCAUAUAUAAAUUUUGGACGUUUUCAAUUAAAUCGUUUUAUCGAUAUAUUUCGUGCACGUAGUUAUGAUUUACAUAAUCAUUUUUAUCAUUGUACACAACGUCCAGAUGGUUGUCGUUUUAUACCACGUACACAACCUAUAACAACAUCAACAAUUGAUCCAUUUUUAUUUACAUUCAAUCCGGUUACAAGUUCGACAAUAAAUUUUGAACCAUUACGACGACGACAACGACCAAUUUCAACAUCAACUACAACAACAACAAUACGUCCACGAAGAUUACGAACGAAAUAGAUGAUGAUGAUGAAGGACAAUUUCAUUAUUUUUUUUGAAAAAAACUACCGAUAAACGUGUAUUAUGAUUUACUAAACUAAACUAGAAAC